AUGAGCGGACAAGGUAGGUGUGAGGCAACAACCAUCCAUGCAGUUAACCUAAUUACUUCCAGUCUGAUGCAAAACUGUAUGGUUGCACCGGAAAGACUUGGAGCGAAGUGUCACAGAAGUGUCUGCAUUAUCAUUCCCGAACGCUUUGCCGCUAUUCGUAGCCGCAUACCAUUUUAUUGGGCAUUUACUGAGCAGCUUCAGGAACUGCCUCCGGAAAUGAUGGCAGCAUACAAUAUACACAACCGGAUUCGCUGA